GCCAUUGCAUCUGACACAGUAAGGUCUAUGACAGCUAUAAGUCUCUCUUAAAACAUUUAUGGUGAAGAUAAAAGGCACGGUGGGCAUUUAUAGAGUUGUGAUGGGUGGCCAGACUCUUGUCUCACUCUCUCCAUGGAUAUGGAUUGUGCUGGAGCAGGAAUGGAGGUGUGAAGUUUGUGGUCUUAAUCUCAGGAGGGUUAGCCUUCCAUCCACCUGUCUGGCUUCUGUUUUUAGUGUCGUCUAAAAGCUUUCCGUUUAUCUUUCAGACCUCUGCUAUACUUUUAAUUAGCAUUGUGUGAUAUGUUUGUGUGAUGACACUCGCAGAUGUCUCCAAACACAGCUGAGGAUUAUAAAAAGAGAGGUUAGAGAAAUACCAAGUCAUGCCCAACAGAGACUUUGUUAGAGGACAUCAGUUUAGAUCAAGUGUGCUGAUGGCAAAAUUUCAUAAACAAAAGCAAAUUAGCUUAAAAGAGGGUUUUACGAACUGUCAAGAAUGAUUCAGCUGACAAACAGGAUCAUUUAGAUUUUUAAUUUUGCUUCCUAAAUUUAGAUCCAGGCAAAGUUGUAAGUACUGUGCUUUUCCAAAAACAGCCCUGGAUUUGGAAACUUACAGAAUUGGUUCUCAACCAGAGGGCCUCAAGAUGACUUAAAAUGAUAAAAUAAGAUGAAACAAACAUUAAAAUAAGGCAAGACAUCUAUAAACCGAAGAACCAGUUUCAGGGUUCUCGCAGUUUUGGAAAACCACUUUACAGCAAUCGCAGAUAAGAGUAAUUGAUUGAUAAAUCAUUUCAGUAAACUUAAUUUCAACAAUUUAGUUAAAGUUAAUUUAGUCAUUUUACUUGAAAAAAAAAAAAAAGUUUAUCUGUACUGUGUCAAACAAAGGCAAGAUUUUGUAAAGUUCAGUACGAUGGAAGGAAAGCUGCUGGAAAAAAUGGUCAACCUUUAUUUUAAGGUCCAAUUCUCGCUAUUAACAAACCAUUAACAACUAAAUUGCCUCUUAUUAAUAGUUAGUAAGGUAGCUGUUAAGUUUAGGUAUUGGGUAAGAUUAGAGAUGUAGAAUAUGUUUAUGCAGAAUAUGUGCUUUAUAUGUACUAACAGCCAAUAUGUUAGUAAUAGGCAUGCUAAUAAGCAAGUUAAUAGUGAGAACUGGUCCCUGCACUAAAGUGUUACCAAAAAUACAUUAGUAAUUAGUGACACAGUAUGGUCAUGGUCAUACUGUGUGCACAGUACAUAGUAAGUCGUGGUCAGACUUGUGCUUAGAGCCAUGGAAAACCUAUUUCCACGAGAAAAUGUGGUCAGAAUAACCUGCAGUAUGCUAUUUUGAUAGUGUGAAAAGACGUAGAAGGAAACUAUUGGAAAGAAUUGAGAUGGCUUGCCAGUUGGAUGGAGAAAGGGAGAAAGCCUGAAGAAGUGAGACUGCAGAAAAGGGCAAGACAAACAGGAAGCAGAGGAGGGGGGGAGUGAAGGACUGACUGUGCAAGUCAAAGAAUUUUCUUAGAAGGAUUUUAAGCAAGAGAGCUGCUUCUCCUGGUUUCCAUCUGCUGCCUUUUAUGGUAAAACAGUAGAGGGGGAUUUGGUGUAGUAGUGAAGCCCGGGCCGGACGAGGGCUCAGUUAGACACGCUCACAACGGGAUAACAGAGGGCUGAGGAGCAGGGAGAGAGCGUGUGCGGGACACUGGGGACCCCUGAGGCGGUGGCACGGAGUGAGGCGGCACACAGAAUCACAGGGCUCAUGGGAACAAUACGCAGAGAGGCUUAACAGGUCCAGGACUCAGACAGCCGCGACUGAAAGGCAGACGUAAAGAUGACAGAGCGUUAUGACUGCCACUACUGUAAGGAGUCUCUGUUUGGGAAGAAGUAUGUUCUUCGUGAGGAAAACCCUUACUGUGUGAAGUGCUAUGAGAGCCUGUACUCCAACACCUGCGAGGAGUGCAAGAAACCCAUCGGCUGCAACUGCAGGGAUCUGUCCUACAAGGACCGUCACUGGCAUGAGGACUGUUUCCACUGCUUCCAGUGCAAGCGCUCACUGGUGGACAAGCCUUUCUCCACCAAAGACGAGCAGCUGCUGUGCACCGAGUGCUAUUCUAAUGAGUACUCCUCCAAAUGCCAUGAGUGCAAGAAGACCAUCAUGCCUGGCUCCAGGAAGAUGGAGCAUAAAGGAAACAGCUGGCACGAGACCUGCUUUACUUGCCAGCGCUGCCAGCAACCAAUUGGCACCAAGAGCUUCAUCCCCAAAGACAACCAUAACUACUGCGUGCCCUGCUAUGAAAAGCAGUUUGCCAUGCAGUGUGUUCAUUGCAAGAAGCCCAUCACCACUGGCGGUGUGACGUACCAUGACCAGCCAUGGCACAAGGACUGUUUCCUGUGCACUGGCUGUAAGCAGCAGCUGUCUGGCCAGCGCUUCACCUCUCGUGAUGACUUUGCCUACUGCCUCAACUGCUUCUGCAACUUGUAUGCCAAGAAAUGUGCCUCCUGCACCACCCCAAUCAGUGGACUUGGAGGAAGCAAGUACAUCUCCUUUGAGGAGCGCCAGUGGCACAAUGACUGUUUCAACUGCAAGAAGUGCUCAGUCUCUCUGGUGGGCAGAGGUUUCCUCACAGAGAGAGAUGACAUCCUGUGUCCCGAGUGUGGCAAAGACAUGUGAAAGCGUGCAAGAAACAAUUCAAGCAUGCAUGACACUUAAAAUGUUAAAACCAAAGCAUCGGCAAAGCAUGAAACAGUGUGAGCAACGAAUACAUUUAGGUACUCCAUGAAAACAUAGUAAACAUUGUUGCAGCAAAUAUUAUAAUAGUGUAUGUAUAGCAAGAGGCAGAUUUUCUUUAUUUCAGGAGAGUUAUUUCAGCUUGCUUUAAUAUGAAGACUGAGGAAAGAGUUGGUUCUAAAGAUUAAACUUUAAAUGUGAGGAUAAUAACCAUUAUUAUCUGUUUCAAAUAUCUAACCGGCUCUCUGAUGUGUUGCAUAACCCAUGUCUUAACUUGCAAAAAAAGUAUUUUGGUCUUUUUGUGUAUCUAACAGUUAAGGAUGAAUUCUAAAUAAAGUACAUUUAAUGCAAUAUCAAUAAAGCUUAUUAAAACAAAUAGA